GAGUUGCGGCUGCGAGCGCAGCUCCCAGUCCGUCUGCGGGAGCGUCUCACCGAUGAGCAGCUGAAUCCGCCCCACGGCGCUGCGGGGGUGGGGAGUCCACGAUUCUUGACUCGGGAUCCGGGUCGCGGGGGCGGGAGAUCAUCAUGGGAUUUGAGCUGGACCGCUUCAAGGGGACCGUGGACCCGGACUUCAAGUGCAACUUGUGCAACAAAGUGCUGGAGGAGCCGCUGACGACGCCGUGCGGCCACGUCUUCUGCUCCGGCUGCGUGCUGCCCUGGGUCGUGCAGCAGAGCAGCUGCCCCGUCAAGUGUCAGCGGGUCUCCGCGCGGGAGCUGAACCACGUCCUGCCCCUGAAGAACCUGAUCCUGAAGCUGGAGAUCAAAUGCGACCACCACGCCAGGGGCUGCGACGCGGUGGUGACGCUGCAGCAUCUGGCCGAGCACGCGGAGACGUGCGACUUCUCCCCGGCCAAGUGCCGCAAUAGAGGAUGCACGGAGGAGCUGCGCCUGCGGGACGUGGACGCGCACAUGCGGGAGACGUGCGACUACAGGCCGGUGGGGGUCUGCGAGAGCGGCUGCGGCUUGGUGCUCACCCUGCGGGAGCAGCGGCUGAAGAGCCACUGCUGCGUGCGCGCCCUGAAGGCGCACAACAGCGCGCUGCACUGCCGCCUCAUCAUCCUGGACCGAGAGUGCAAGAAGCAGGCGAUCCGGGCCAACCAGCGGGAGAAGGCACUGCUGGGACAGCUGUCCGCCGUGCACGGAGAGCUGCAGAUGACGGCGCUCAAGUACCAGAAGAAGUUCACGGAGUACAGCGAGAGGAUCGACUCCCUCACCAGAACCGUGGCGUCCUCCUGCAAGGAGGACGAGCCGCAGAGUGUGACGGUGGUCCUCCUGCGCGAGGCUGGAUCUCUUGGAUUUAACAUCGUGGGAGGACGGCCGUGCGCGGACGACAAAGAUGGCGCAUCGAACGAGGGGAUUUUUGUGUCCAAAAUAGUGGAGAGCGGUCCAGCAGACAAGGAGGGGGGCCUUCAAGUUCACGACAGGAUCAUUGAGGUCAAUGGCAAGGAUCUCUCCAAAACCACCCAUGACCAGGCGGUGGAGGCCAUCCGGACCGCCAAGGAGCCCAUCAUGGUUAAAGUGCUGCGCCGGGCCCCUUACCCGAAACUGGUCGGCCCCAUUCUUGACACCCAGGUCUCAGACGCGGGGACCCAGACCGACAUCACCCUGCAGCACAUCAUGGGCGUCAACACAAUGCCUUCAUCCUCACCCCAGAUGAAGGAGCUGGAGGCAUACCUGCUGCCAGAAGAACACCCUCCUGAACACGGAUACUUUGACCCCAACGAUUUCCUGGAGGCCCUGCAGCCGGACAUGGAGCGUGACGAGCUGGAGUACGAGGAGGUAGACCUGUACCGAGCCAACAUCCAGGACAAGCUGGGUUUGACGGUUUGCUACAGGACGGACGACGAGGAUGAGGCAGGCAUCUACAUCAGCGAGGUUGAUCCGAACAGCAUCGCUGCCAAAGAUGGCCGAAUCAGAGAGGGGGACAAAAUCAUUCAGAUCAACGGCAUCGAGAUCCAGAAUCGGGAAGAUGCCGUCGCCCUGCUGACCAGCGAGAGCAAUCAGAACAUCUCCCUGCUGGUGGCCAGGCCGGAAAUCCAGCUGGACGAGAGCUGGCUGGAUGACGACAGGAACGACUUCCUGGAUGAUCUCCACAUGGAUAUGCUGGAGCAGCAGCAUCAUCAGGCCAUGCAGUUCACUGCCAGCAUGCUGCAGCAGAAGAAGCUGGAGGAGGACGGCGGCACCACAGACACGGCUACGCUGCUUUCCAACCACCACGAGAAGGACAGCGGCGUCGGUCGCACCGACGAGAGCACCCGAAACGACGAGAGCUCUGAGCAGGAGAACCUCGCCGAUGACCAGAUGACCACGGCCUCCAACACUCUGGGCAGCUGCCGGAAGCUGACCUUCAGCCAGGAUACCCUCGGCAGCAUGGACCUGCCCUUCGGAUGCGAGUCGCUCAUGUCGGCGGACUACACUGACGCCGAACUCCUGGGCAUUCCUGCAGACGAGUGCGAGCGUUUCAGGGAACUUCUGGAGCUGAAGUGUCAGAUGAGGGGCGGUGGAGCCCAGGGGCAACCCAGCCUGGGAGCCGGGGCAGAAGGGCAGGACCAGGAGGGUGUGGAUAAGGAACUGGAGCUGCUGAACGAGGAGCUGCGCAGCAUCGAGCUGGAGUGUCUGAGCAUCGUCCGGGCCCACAAGAUGCAGCAGCUGAGGGAGCAGUGCCGAGAGUCGUGGAUGCUCCACAAUAGCGGCUUCCGAAACUACAACACGAGCAUCGAUGCCCGCCGCCACGAACUGUCCGACAUUACCGAGCUGCCUGAGAAGUCCGACAAGGACAGCUCCAGCGCCUACAACACCGGCGAGAGCUGCAGAAGCACCCCUCUCACUCUAGAACUGUCCCCCGAUAACUCGCUCCGCCGCUGUGCCGAGAACCCCGCCGGCCCGUCCGGCUCCACCAGCAGGAUGCUGAAACCCGUCCUGUCUCCUGUCCAAGAGGCCUGCGGCUCCAGCCGGAGCAAAGGCUCCUCCAAGGAUUCCGACGGCGCCCUGCCUGUGGAGAGCAAGGAAAGGAGAGAGUCCGGCAAGAGCAGCCAGUCCCGCUCACCGUACAAACACGCCCACAUCCCGGCCCACGCCAAGCACUACCAAAGCUACAUGCAGCUGAUCCAGCAGAAGUCCGCCGUGGAGUACGCCCAGAGCCAGAUGAGUCUGGUCAGCAUCUGCCGCGACCCCCUCAGCCCCAUCGACCUGGAGCCCAAGAUGGAGUGGAAAGUGAAGAUCCGCAGCGACGGCACCCGCUACAUCACCAAACGGCCCGUCCGGGACAAGCUGCUGAAAGAGCGCGCCAUACGCAUCCACGAGGAGCGCAGCGGCGUGACCACGGACGACGACGCCAUCAGCGAGCUGAAGAUGGGCCGCUACUGGAGCAAGGAGGAGCGAAAGCAGCACGCCGUGCGCGCCAAAGAGCAGAAGCAGCGCCGGGAGUUCAUGAAGCAGAGCCGAGCCGACUGCCUGAAGGAGCAGCUGGGCCCCGAGGACAAGAAAGAGCCCAACAUCAUCGAACUCAGCCACAAGAAGAUGAUGAAAAAGAGGAACAAGAAAAUAUUUGACAACUGGAUGACCAUUCAGGAACUGCUGACCCACGGCACCAAGUCACCGGACGGCACUAGAGUGUACAACUCAAUCCUGUCUGUGACCACGGUCUAAACCCGACGGGGAACCAGAGUGUAAAUAGAAGGAGAACCUUCUUCAGGUUUCUACCCCCGCGGUGAAUCGUUCCAUUUAAAAAAAAGAGAGAAAAAGCGUCCGGACUUGGCUACUGUACAAUUUAAGAGACUUUUCAGUAACCUUUUCUACCUUUGUGUUUGGAUAUUUUUGGAGACACAAAAAAGACUUUUUUUGGAAGGUUUUUCAAAGUGUGUAAAGAACGUGUGCCGUACUUUAACAGCCAGCAUUUAUACAAAUUACAUUAUUUUGUCUUUUUACUAUAUAUAAAUAUAUAUAGUAUUUUACUGUUAAACACGUUUUUAAAGCAAACAUUUACAGUUUUCCAAAAGUUUGUAAAUUGAAAAGUAUAGUGAAAAAAAGUUCACAUUUUCAGUUCAGAUUUCUUGAAAGAGAUGCUGAUUUGCCAAAGUUAGAAAAAAUGUAUUAAAAAAAGCCACAAGAGUGUACCAAAUAUGCUAAAAUUCUGUUGUGUUUGAUGGUGAUAUUGUUGAAAGCUAAAAAAAAAAAAACAGAAAAAAAACACAGCGUUUGUUUGAGGACACAUGUAUCGGACUAAAUUACAGUUCACCAAAUCUUUAGUCAGACAUUCAAGUCUUGUAAAAUGAGAGGAUUAAUAAAUUAUUGUUUUGUACAUGACAACA